CUGAAUAACCCUUUCUAUAACUCAAAGGGCACAAGGCCAACUUAAGAGAAGCCAAACCUGUUGAGGCGGUAGAGACAGAGAGAGGUUGUCGUUGACUAGACCCCAGAAAAUAUGGGAGGAAGAGGAGGAGGUCAAGAAAUUGAUGAAGCAGCUCUUCUUGAAUCUCCUCUGAUCCAAAACCGAAUCCAAGAUCGCGUACACGACAAUGGGGAUGACAACCGAGCACAUUCAUACAGCUUGGUUCGAAGAGAUGGGAAACGUGCGAUCAUAAUCGAAGAAGUGAAGAAGCAGGUAUGGCUGUCGGGGCCGCUGAUCGGAGUGAGCAUGUUGCAGGAGAGCGUGCCAGUGAUCUCCACCAUGUUCGUGGGCCACCUCGGGAAGCUCCCUCUCUCUGGCGCAUCCAUGGCCACUGCGUUCGCUUCAGUCACCGGCUUCAGUGUCUUGUUAGGAAUGGGAGGUGCAUUGGAGACAUUGUGUGGCCAAGCCUAUGGAGCCAAACAGUUUCGCAUGCUUGGAGUUCACACGCAACGAGCUAUUCUUACGCUUCUAUGCCUAAGCAUCCCUCUUGCAGUCAUAUGGCUCUACACCUCCGACAUUCUCAUGGCUUUUGGCCAAGACGUCGAGAUCUCCACGGAAGCGGGAAUUUUCAACCGUUGGAUGAUCCCAAGUCUGUUUGCGUAUGGCCUCCUCCAAUGUUUGAACCGGUUCUUGCAGACGCAGAAUAAUGUUUUACCGAUGAUGAUGAGCUCUUUGAUUACUGCUUCUCUUCACAUAGUCGUCUGUUAUGUCUUCAUCGUUAAGUUCAGACUAGGAAUCAGGGGAGCUGCUUUGGCGAAUUCGAUUUCAAAUUGGAACAAUGUGAUUCUGCUGGUGAUUUACGUGAAGCUCUCUCCCGCUUGCAUCAAAACUUGGACCGGUUUCACCAGAGAGGCCUUGCGGGGCAUCGUUAGCUUCAUCAAGCUUGCUGUUCCUUCAGCAGUUAUGACUUGUUUCGAGUACUGGUCCUUCGACAUGGUCAUUCUUCUAUCGGGCCUUCUCCCAAAUCCAAAACUAGAGACGUCUGUAUUAUCGAUAAGCCUCAACACUUGUUGGAUGGUCUACAUGAUAUCUGUCGGUCUCGGCGGAGCAAUCAGUACUAGAGUAUCGAACGAACUAGGUGCGGGCCGCGCUGCAAGCGCCCGCUUGGCAUUGCGAGUUAUGAUUGCCAUUGCCAUCAUGGAGGGCGCAAUAGUUGGAAUCAUGACGAUUUUGGUACGCCAUGUUUUGGGGAAGCUGUGCAGCAACGAAGAGGAAGUUAUCGAGUACGUCGCCAGAGUUUUGCCAGUUCUCGCUUUCUCGGAUUUCUUGGACGGGUUUCAGUGUGUCCUUUCAGGGUCCGCAAGAGGAUGCGGAUGGCAGAACCUCUGCGUUUGGAUAAACCUCGGGGCAUAUUACGUUGUGGCAAUUCUGUUUGCGUUCAGUUUCCAUGUCGGAGGGAUGGGUCUAUGGAUGGGGAUCAUAUGCGGACUCUCUGUACAAGUCAUGGCACUCGUCGCAAUGAUUGCACGUACCAACUGGGAUCAGGAGGCAAAGAAAGCCGUGGAUGAAGUUACAGCACUAGGAGCCCAGUUUGAUGAAGAACAAGAACAGAGCCAGACGUGCUAAAUACUGAAAUUAAGCUAUGGGUUUGUACUGUUAUAGUCUCUCUAGAAUA